AUGAAUAGAGGCGUGGUGGAAGAGCAGAAAGCAAUGUUUGAAAGGCCCAGUCCUGGGAUGAUAUACCAUUUAAAACCAUUAUUCAUCAAGGCUAAGGUGGAUGGAAUGGCGAUGAAUAAGGAUAUUAUUAAACAUGUGUUGUCUAAGCCUAUUCUACAUAGUAGAAUUGGGAAAUGGGCAUUGGCGUUGACAGAGUUUUCUCUAACUUUCAAGCCUUUAAAAGCCAUGAAAGGCCAGAUCGUGGCGGAUUUUAUAGUGGAUCAUGCCAUGGUCGAAUCACCCAUGAAUGUGGUUGAUACCACACCAUGGCGUAUAUAUUUUGAUGGAUUUAGUCAUAAAGACGGAACAGGAGUCGGGGUAUUGAUAGCAUCCCCUCGGGUGGGUCCGACGAUGUUUAAGUACAGGAUCAUGGAAAAGUGUUCUAACAACGAAGCCGAAUAUGAGGCCUUAAUAGUGGGUCUUCAGCUUUUAAAAGGAAUGGGGGCCAGCCGAAUCGAAGUAAGGGGAGACUCAGAGUUGAUAAUAAAGCAAGUCACAUGCGAAUAUAAGUGCAUCAAGGGGAGUCUGCUGAAAUAUUUUGUGACUGCAACACGGUUACUAGAACAUUUCGAAGUUGCAGACAUAAGACAUGUGCCUAGAGGCGAGAACCAAGAGGAUAACGAGCUAGCCCAAGUCGCUUCAAGGUAUAAGAUGUCUAAGUCGGAGUUACAAGAUCUGAUCGAGGUUCGAGGAAAAUUGGUGUCAAGUACGCCCCCAACGGAAGACAUCCUCAAAGAGAACGUCAGUCGUGGUGGGGAGCUCGAUGAAGAGUGUUAA